GCAACCGACAACCAUAUUGAGCAGCAUGUUCAGGUUUUUUCACCUCGGCAUCCUGGUCAGCCUGAUCAGCCUGAUCAGCUGUUUUGCAUUGAUAAACGCCCAGCAGCAGCAGCAAUCCCACCAGCAGAUUUCGGGGAUAAAACUCCACCCAUCAUGGCUGUACUCGAUGCCCUGGCGUCCUUUGAUCCUGCCCACAGCCAGUCCUUCACUGCCUUCUCUGACGGCGCUGGCUCAACUGAGUCCUGGCUACACGGGCCCGCAGACCUUUCCGCCAGUUCCACAGGAUCAACGCCAACAGACGCAGCAAUAUCAACAACAUCAGCAACAGCAAUUCCAGCAGGCAUAUCUGCAGCAAUACCAGCAACCCUCCGUCCUGGUGGGCUUGUUCACUCCUCAACUGCAGGCCCAGCCACUGGCAGCUCCUCCUCCGCAGGCUGGGCAUUUUACCCUGCCCUUCAGGCCCUCGCCCUUCGCCGGAUAUACGGAUGACGGAGAUGAGCAUUUAGCCCAGGGGAAGGGCAACGGCAUUCAAGAGCAAACGGCGCAGCGGGAACUGGAGGAGCCGACCUUCCAUGAGCAUGCCUAUAAUAAUAAGCCAGCGGCGGAGGGAUCGCAGCAGCCAAGGGGCUACGUCUAUCUAUCGCCUAGUAAUGCCUAUAAUCUAGUAAGAACUUAGGUUACAGAGCGCACAUAAAUAUCACCUUUUUUUGUGUUAGUUCUUAAGUUAUUGUAUACCAAAUAUCAAUCAGUCUCGUUGGCUUGAAUUCCAACUACAUA